AGAGAAGGAAUUGCCUUGAAGGUUGAUGGGAAAAGUCCUUGUUUGGUGAAUUUAAAUGAGGACCCUCAGUUGUCAGAAACUCUGUUAUAUCUUCUUCACCCUGGGCGGACUCGCCUCGGUAGGAAGGACAACUCCAGUGAUGUCGAGAUUCAACUGCAUGGAAGUCUACUUAGCAGGGAACAUUGCACUUUGGAAAAUAAUGAAGGAAAAGUCAAAGUAAUUCCAAUGCCAAAUGCUCCUGUUUAUGUAAAUGGGCAAGAAGUCAUAGAAUCAACAGUAUUACAGCACGGGGAUCGUCUUGUCGUUGGUGGUGUACACUUCUUUAGACUCAAUAACCCAUGCCAAUCAGUGAUAUUUAAAGGUGUAUCUUCCGAGGAACCAGUGAAGGAUUACUUGUUUGCUCGUGAUGAGCUGUUACAAGCACAAGAAGCAAGAUUAAAAGCAGAAGUGUCUAAGGCUAGAGAUCAAGCUCGGAUUGAGAUGUUAACCCAGCUGCAAGACUUGAAGGAAGAAGCCCAGCUAGAACUAGACAUACAACGCUCAAAUUACGAAGGUCAAAUACACGACUUAAACAUGGCUCUAAAAGAAAAAGAAACAAAGCUUCAAGAAGCCGAAAAGAAGAAGCUGAUGAUUUCACCAUUCAAGUCCAACCUGUUGGAGGAGAUGAUAGAUUUGUACUCUGAUGUUUUCACGGAUUUGGACACUUUAAAAAAACAAGUGGCACAGACAAACCUGGAUAAUUCCACUCCUAGUUACCAUGGUGACAGAUCCCAGUCUUGUGAACUGUAUGCCCUAACUCUCCAACUCCAAGAAGCAAAUCAUCUGGCUAAAGAUCUGGGCAAAACUCUCGAAUUCCGAAGGUGCGAUCUAAUGACAGAUAAAGGACUUGAACAAGGAGUAAAAGUGUUGGAUUACACUCACAACAUUGUCACCUUUUGGUCCACAGAGAAGUUUGCUGAAAUAUACAUUUUAGACGGAAUAAAUUUGUCAAAGUAG